AUGUCAUUUUCCUUGGCCAUUUUCAAUUCUUGGGCUUGUCCCAGGGCUACUGUUAACACCUGCGAGAAUGGUUCUCAGACCCUGACCCUGGGCUACAGGAAAUUUUGCCUUCGAAAUUCCGAAGUCCGCGACGUCUGCAACAUUGGAAAAUCUUUAUUUUGGGGCUCCGACAUUGCAUGGUAUAUGACUGCAUUCAUGUUCCUGCUGAACAACACCUUCAUCCGGCUCAGCUCGCCCUCAGCGUGGUGGUUCGAUUCUAAUCUUUUUUCAGGGAUUGCAUUGUUUAGGUACGUUUACCUUCCUUUCACCACUUCUAGCCAUGAUAUUCUCCGGGAUAGAGGACCACUCGUACAACUGGAGCCCAGAGAAACGGAACCCGGUGGUGAUCCUCUUUCCAGCAAAAGUUUCAUCGCGGAGAUGAAAGAGCCGGGUGACUUUCGGAAAUCCGUCAUCGCGGUGACAGUCGCAGAGAUUAUCUUGUUUAGCCUGGUAGGAGCCCUGGUUCACGUGAACGCUGGGAACCGAUACAUAACCUCGCCAGCCUUUGGGUCCAUUAGCAAUGAUGUUUAUAUGAAGGUUUCCUACUCGCUCAUGGUGCCGAUAUUGGUCUUUCUAGGCGUACUCUACUCUUCCGUCUCGGCUUGCUUUAUCAUCUUCCGCAAUUUCGAAGGUACUCGUCACAAGGGUAAGCAUACCGUCGUGGGCUGGGCCGCCUGGAGUGGCAUUCCGAUGGUCCCCUGGAUUCUCGCGUGGGCAAUCGCCGAAGUGAUUCCCUUCUUUUCCAGUUUGCUGUCGAUCAUGGGUGCCAUAUUUGGUUCCUUCUUCGACUUCAUCUUCUGGGGCGUUGCCUACCUCCGCAAGCGCCACGCCGACUACUGA